CCACAAAUGAAAUACAUAUUUUAAUGAUAUUUUUAUAAUUAUUUCGUCACAUUACAUGAAUAAAAUUUCUUUGCGGGAAUUUUUGACAGUUGUCAAAAUGUCAAUAAAAACAUGAAACUCACAGGCGGUGUAGUAGCGAGUGUGUCUGUGAAUUUCGGAAAUCCUUUCUUAAAUCUUGCGUUAAUUUUAACAUGACUGAGUUAUAAAAGCUUCGUAUUUCAUUAUCAUUUCAAAGUAAAAGGCGAGAUUGAUCGUGUUUUUAGUAGACAAUCGUUUAUGUAACCGUGUUUGUGAGUUACAUAACGAAUUUAUGGGUUUUGGGUGUAAGCUGACGGGAGAGAAAUAAGUAACUGCGAUGGUGAAAACCCGCCGCAGUAAUGGAGAAAACGGGGAGGUGGAGGAAGGGAACGAGGGACUGAACGACGUCGGCAGUGUCUCUGACGAGAAGGCUUCCAAUUGGUCACAAAGGGAGCUGAGGAGUGGCCAGUAUAAAGUUACAAGGAAAAUACAACACUGGCCUACCAAGAAAUAUAGCAGAAGACGUCGCACUAUAAAAAUGCCUCGUAUUGUGUUCCCGGAGAGUGAUACAGAGCCAGAAAAGUAUUCUAGACGUUCGCGCCAAGUUCGAGUGUUCUUCGCAGACGACAAUGAUUCCACCAAUCGGAGCCUCCGCAUUCACAACAGCAGGGGCCCGAGGAAGAAUUACAUGGAGGACAGCGAAGACAAACCGAUACAACAAAAUGUCAGAAGAAGCUGCCGUAAGCGCAAGCUACUGCACCACAACUUUAACGAGAGCUGGAUCACCAACGAGCUGAAAGUUAAGGGGUACCCGGACUUAUACGGGUUCCCUGGGUCUAGUUCCUCGGAUGAAUUCACAUCAGGAGACGAAGCGACAAGGGUCUCUAGUAAGAAAAUGGUGGCAGUUGGACAGUCCCACAGCAUCCCGCCGCCAACAAAUACAGAUGAAGAUACGCAGCUUUCGCGCCAGAGAAGGACGUCAGCUAGGUUCAACAAAAAGGCUAAUGAUGCAACAGAGUCAGACUCGGAAGGGGAUAACAACCAGACAGUGAUUGAGAAGAAGCCAUCUGCCGAGGAAAACGAGAAUGCCAAUAUGGAUACAAGUGAAAUUAAGAAAGAGGAGGCGCCCGAGCAGCCGGCUGAAAAUGGACAGGAUAGUGAAAGCAAUCAAGGCCCUGCUCGGUCUACUAGAGGACGCGGUCGUCGCAGGCAAAAGAAAGAGGAUAGCCAACAAGACACAGUGACGGAGUCGUCAUCGGAGUCCAGUUCGGAGCUGACGCUGCGGCGUGCGCCGCGGCGCUCCACUCGCUCGCGACAGCCCAAGCCGGCCUUCGUGCAGAUCGCGCAGCGGGAGACUCGCGGCCGAGCAAAAACGUUUACGAUACGGAAGAAGCCUUACUGCCUCCGAGAGAGGAAACCCAAAAUCCUUCGUAGGAAAACUAUCAGAUCUCAAUCCCCGUCGAGUAGUAGCAGCACAUGCAGCUCAGACACGGACGAGGACCUUAACGUCACCAUGAAGAAGAAGACCAAGGGAAGGCAAAAAUCCAAAUCAACAGACGACAAGAAAGAUGAUAGAGCUCUAAGAGACAUACAGCCUGUGGAAGUCGAUGGAAGCGUCAGAUUCUCAUCCGUCGGAGGUUUAGAAGAGCACAUAAAAUGUCUCCGCGAAAUGGUCCUCUUCCCCCUCAUGUACCCAGAUUUGUUCAGCAAGUUCAACACCCGACCAGCCAAAGGGGUCCUAUUUCAUGGUCCACCGGGCACGGGCAAAACGUUAUUGGCUAGAGCGCUGGCGAACGAGUGCAGUUUGGUAGGGGGAAGAAAGGUGGCCUUCUUUAUGAGAAAGGGCGCGGAUUGUUUGAAGAAGUGGGUGGGGGAGAGUGAGAGGCAUUUGAAGCUACUAUUCCAACAGGCUAGCAAAAUGAAGCCGUCCAUAAUAUUCUUCGACGAGAUAGACGCACUCGCGCCCGUACGUAGCGUCCGACAGGACCAAGUUCACGCCAGCGUCGUUGGGACCCUGCUUGCUGAGAUGGACGGAUUGUGUGACAGAGGCGAAGUAAUAAUAAUCGGAGCAACAAACCGCCUCGACGCGGUAGACCCGGCGCUCCGCCGCGCGGGCCGCUUCGAUCGCGAACUACACUUCCCGCCACCUCACGCCGCCGCCAGAAGGGAGAUAUUGGACAUUUAUACUAGUCAUUGGAGGCCUAAGCCUUCGGAUGAAACGCUGGAUCAUCUGGCGCAGGUCGCUAGCGGUUAUGGAGGUUCAGAUUUGAAGGCGUUAUGUUCAGAAGCAGUAUUAAAAGCAUUACGAAGAGUGUAUCCACAAGUGUACGAAAGUGAACAUGCGUUACUAAUAGAUACUAAAAAUGUGGAAGUAAUUGGAGAAGACUUGCUGCAAGCCAUGCAGUCCCUGGUGGCGGCGGGCGCGCGCACCAGCCCGCAGCCGGCCAAGCGGCUGCCGGCGCACGCCGCGCCGCUGCUGCAGGCCCAGAUACAGGCGGCCGGCGACCUCAUGAACAACGUCUUUGUACAUGACAAAAAGAUCGGCGACGUACUCCUAUCUCCAAGCGUGCUACUAAUCAGCGGGGAAUGCGCGGAGACGCACAUAGCGCCCGCAUUGCUCGCGCAGUUGGAGCAUUGUACGGUGAAGGAGCUCAGUAUGAGCACUCUGCACUCCGUACACGCGUUUACGCAAGAACAGGCGCUAAUCACUCUAUUCUCCGAGUGCCGGCGUGCCGACCGCGGCUGCGUGCUCUUCCUCCGCGACUGCGCCGGAGUGUGGGCCAUGUUGGGGGCUACGGGCGCGGCGCUCUUCGCGCAACUAUGGAGGACGAGGGCCGCUGGGGACGGCACGUUACUGCUAGCUACUUCUAAUGUUCCGCAUAAGGAUCUGCCUCUAGAGCUUCAAGAUCUUUUCCCCGUAUACAAAGACUGCGUGUACUCCGUACGGGAACCGAGCGCGUCCGAAGUGAUAGCGUUCCUGAAGCCGAUCAUCACCGAAGCUCCAUUAGAACCCCCCGUUAUUGAGAACCAUGAGCCGCCGCCUCCGCUGCCACGAGCGCCCCCGCCGCCGCCGCCCCGCGAGUCCGCAGAGCAGGUCGCCCGGCGCAAGCGCAAGGAAGACUACAAGCUGCGCGAGCUGAGGAUAUUCCUCCGGGACAUUUGUAGGAAGCUUGCUUCCAACCGACGCUUCUACAAGUUCACUAAACCCGUCGAUCUGGAGGAGGUAACAGACUACCUGGAGAUCGUCACGCAGCCUAUGGACCUGGAGACCAUGAUGACAAAAGUGGACAUGCACAAGUAUAACUGCGCAAAGGAGUUCCUCGAGGACAUAGAUUUGAUAUGCGCUAAUGCACUGGAGUAUAAUCCGGACAGAACGUCAUCAGACAAGCAGAUCCGUCACGAGGCCUGCUCCCUGCGCGACCACGCGCACGCGUUGAUCGAUGUCGAGAUGGACAGUGACUUUGAGCUUGAGUGCCAAGACAUCGCUAGGAGAAGGAAGGAUGAGGGCACGGCGGCGGAUAAUGAUCUUCCGGACUUUAUAUAUACAGCUUCUAAUCUGCAUGUUUCAGCGAAUCUCGACGGCACUGCUGAGGGUAAAUCUCCGCACACGCCCGGCCCGGAGCGGGAUAGUGUCAAGCGUAAGCGACGUCGCAUAAAUGCGUGGUCGAAAGGACUUGUUGUGAAACGACAGAGGACGCAGAAGACCUUCAAAGAAUCCGUAAUGAUAACCGACGAGGAGUCUAAAGAGAACAAGCCGAUCACGUCAACGCCGAUGACGAACGGCGCGUCGUCGUCCGGGUCGGACGACGACGCGCCGCUGCGGCGGCCGCGCGACGACUCCGUGUUCAAUUUCUCCGCGCAGGGCGUCCACAACCACGUGCUGGAGAGUUCGGCAAAGUCAACGGAGAAAGUGACGGCAAAAUCAUCACCAAAGAAAAGAAAUUCCGGGCACGAGACAACCAACGCGGACAAAGUACUGAUAAACAAGACUGAAUUAGAUAACCUCCUAUAUAAGAACGCGAAGCCGCUCCGCCUGAUCGGGCUGUCAGCCCUGCUCGACCUGCACGCGCAACUAUCCGCGGUGGUGCGCCGCUACACGGAGCGCGCGGACCGCGCCAAGCUGCCGCACGACCUGCACGCGGUGGUGGCGCGCUACGUGCACAUAUCGAGGAAGUGAGCUGCCGUGAGGUCCUGUUGCUGGUUGUGUGAGUCACUUUAUUUGGUGAUAAAUUUGAAAAUGCAGUGGCGGGGCGUGCAUUGACGCCGUUCGCAUUUGUAAUUUGGACACCGCGCCGCAUGCCCCGUUUUACAAUCGGCUGCAAAGAAAAGGUACCCCUUAGCUUAAAAUUUCAAAGUCGCUAAACUAAUGGUAUUGCUGGCUGUACAUUGUCGCAUUAACCUUUUCGACGAUCGUCACGUCACGGAAGUGUCAAAACUAAAAUUGAACUUUAUGCACGUAGGUCUAUGUUGCUCUGUGAUCUAUGACCGAUCAAUCGGUUUUUGGCGUUGAACCUACGGUGCGAAUAUAUCGUUCAUUGGCGUCUAAAAGGUUUAGGGCCUCAGUGGUGAGCGUUGAGCGGAGCGUCCAACGGGGCGGGCAGCGUCAGAGUCCUCUAUGCAGCGUACACUCAGACCGCUCGCAUACAUUCGCAUACAUCGCAAAUGACAUGUCAUUUGUUUAAAAUGGACGCCGCGCGCCGCGUUUGAGAGUUCAAUCAGUUUACACGAUAACGACUUCAACGAUUCAAGUGUGAUAUGAUUCGUAUAGUUACCGAAGUUAACAAAAUUGAAGUGAUGCAAAAUGCUUGCGUGAUAAAAGCUUGGUAAUUGUUAGUGUAAAUACGCCAACAAUUACAACGCGUACUAGUGUCACUCGUUGCCAUGAUUACGGUUUUUUGUCCCUUGGACGACCACUCUUGAAAUCCUGUUUGUAUGAUAUUUUAAUGUAUCAAUCAUGCAUUUUUGUGGUAGUUUAUGGCAUUUCUAUAACAAGCUAUCCACUAAGCAUGUUAGUAAAACGUCAUACAACAUCUCAUCGAACAAACUGUGCCAGUAGUAAAAGUUGAUUCACCUCACAUUUAUAAAUAUUAGCCAGUUAAUUUCAAUGUACGCGGUGGUCAUACGUACACAUACAUACAAAAGAACACCCUAAUAACCAAAAACGAACCUUUUUAACGUUGCUAUAAGGUUCACAUUAUUAAUUGUUCAAUUUAAAACUACCAAAAAUAAAUAUUUGUAUGUAAAACAAUUGCAUUACAUUGCAGCCUACUUUCACUGCCAUUUGAAUUUAAUAUUGUUAAGACGCAAGCUUUCAAAUAUUACUAAAAUAGCUCUUAUAGAAAAGACACUGGGUUGAAUUUAGAAAUUGACAAUUUGAGGCGGUUAACACCUUUUAUUUAAACGGCUUUUAACAUAAAGAAGAGACGCUUUAUACAUAUUUUCGUACACUGACCCACAUGUUGCUAUCUCUAUUGCACGCGCAUAAUUAUAUCGCUGUCCCGCCCUUGAUGCCGGUUGUCACUGUCACUGUGUGAGCUUGACAGCUAUAUAGUUAUGCGCGUGCAAUAGAGAUAGCAACAGACGGGUCAAUGUACGAAAAUCUGUGGGAAGCGUCUUCUUUCAUAAUCGCAACAGGACCGAGCGCCAUCUUUUUAGAAAAACGAACUUUAAAUGUAUGUACGUAAGAGUUUAUAUCGAAUGUCAUUGAGGUUGUAAUUUAUUGGAUUCUUAAGAUUGUCGGAGAAUAUAAAAAUGUUUGCUGUAAGCAUUUGUCAAGUCUCAUUCACGUAUUAUGUCACGACAUUCCGUGAAUAUGACUGUACGAAUGUUAUUAUGCUAGAGCAGGUCCAUAUGUUGUCCCUUUCAUACUGUAAAAUUAGAAAAGGACAGCCUGUGAUAAACUUAGCAUGUUAACACUUCUAAUUGAAUUGAUUGCAAAAGGACGUCAACGGGGGCUGUCCCGUACAAAUGAAUUUUAUUUCGUCUACUAACUUUUGAACGUUCCAAGUCGAUGAUUAUUUAUUGAGCAUUUUUCACAUCAAUUUUAUUUCAUAUUUCAUAUAUUUAUUGGUAAAGCUAAUUACACGUCCAGAGUACAUAAAAUAAAAUUACAAAAGUAAACGUUUAAACUUAAAAAACAAAUCAAAUCAAAUACAUAUAUUUUAAAGCGAAAAAACGGAAAUAAUUCUAAAUUUGGUCACAUAAUUUUAAAUCCAUAUAAUAAUAAAUCAAUUAAAAAUAAAGUUUCACAAUGAAGGUAAUGUCCCAUGAAAACAGCGAAAUCUUUUACAUCUUGUGUGGAUCGAUGGCAUUCAUCCAUUGCGACGGAAAAAAAACUCCUAUACCUGCAAAUCUUCAGAAAAUCGCGUUUACGGGACAGUGGUACACAAUUUCGUGGAACGCUCCAAAAUAAAAGUUAGUUCUACAUAUCAAUCAAUUCGAUCGGACUUGUGCAGUAUAUAUCUUAAAUUAUAAACACUGCCUAAAGCACUAUUUAAGUAUAAUUGUAAGUGUUAUUUACGAAUUUUAAGGCAUCCGACUAACCAUUCCUAACUAGCCAAAUUGUGUGUAUACACGGUGGAACAUUAUAAAGUAUUACACCUAAUUUAUAGGUUAAAAUGUUAGGCUCACAAUUUUGUUACGUUUAGUUCCUACUAAAAUAAAAAAGGAAAGCUGAAUGAAUAUUGGUGAGCUAAAAGAGUGGUUUAAACAAAUUGUAGUUUAUUCUACCACAAUACACCUUUUAAUUAUUUCAAUUAGCAUUGAAAAAUUCAAACUAAAUGUAAUAAAAAUACAAAUGAAUUGUAAAUUGUGAGCAAAUUAUUUUAAGUCUUGGAAGUGUAAAUGUUUAAAAAAAGUAUAAGUUCAUCAGUUCAUAGUUAAUGUAGCUAAAGUAUCAUGAUUUUAGUGCAAUUAUUACAUGUAAAAUAGCUGCUUUAGCUACAUUAUACUUUGAUUUAGGAUAGGUUGCGUCCAGGUAGUAGCCCCGUGGUCUGUGAUAUGUAGUGGAGUUGUAAGGUAAAGUAAUCCUACGUUAACUGUAAAUUUGUCCACGCAUCGCAAACCGCUUAUUUAUUGUCAUUCGUUAUUUGUGUCCCCUUUCCAAAUGUUACCCAGUAUGUAAGGUUAGGUGUAGGUUUCAUUGGUCACAGUGAAUCAAUGUAGUCAGUAAAAGAGAUAGUGACUGCGAAAGUGGUCAGAUAUCGGUACACGUCCUUAUGUCUAUGGUGCUGGCGGCUCCCCAGGUAGGCAACGAACCAGUUAAGGGCUGUUUCCGAAACGUUCAUGUGUUUGAGCAGAGCAACUAUCUAUUAUUUCAUGGUUUUUUAAUAUUUUACCGCGACUUUAAUUUGCUAGCAUUUUUUUCAUUGCACAAUUGUGUAAAAUACGCAAUUCAUAUAAAUUAAGUUUCAUAUCCUGUAAUCUGUACAGUUUUAUUUGCAGUUUGAUGUCUGUUUUUAGUAUUUGUAUGUGUGUCGAAACCAUAUCGAACAAUUUGGCUUUUUAGGCAAAACAUUAACUCGAUUAUGUUUAAAUUUAACGACCAAAUAAGCGGAGUAAGAGAAUUAGUUACGGUUUAAGUUUGGAAUGUUUUAAAUUAUUUGGACUAACAAAAUUUGUUUAACGAUUAACAAUUAAAUCUAAUAGUUUGUGAUUUAAUUAUUUAUGGAAAUGUUUACGCUGUAAUCUGCUAAGGAUAAUCACAAUUCUUAUACGUUUUCUUUCAUGUAGCAAUCUAAUUAAUUUACUGUUAAUACAGCCGAUUGUCGGUUUUGAAGAUUCAGUUUUGCCCUAUUAAUACUGAAUAAUUUUACUUUUUGGAAUGGGCCUCGUUUAAGAAAUUUGUGUCCAAAAUAUUUGGAAUUUAUUAGAACAUAUCCUAGCCUAGCGAAGUCAUCACGCGUUAAUACUUAUCGCUAGUUUAAAAUUUGAGUAAAAGACUUAGUACAAUAACACGAUUUGUGUAUUAAUGGAAAAUGUAAUAGGCUUAUUUCUUUGAUGAUUUUCCAUCGAAAGCAACUUUAAAUUGUUAGUUAAUUUUCUAUAGUAACUGCUUUCUUCUUUCUAGUAUUAGGCCUCAAUGGUCCGUGAAAUGAAUAAAAGUGCGUUGAACUUUAAAUUGUUACGAAUAGAGUAUGAAUGUGUAGUAUGAUAAUUUAAAUUAAUUUUAUUUAUUGACUUUCUGUCCUUACAUAUUUUUAUUAUUCCAAGUCUAAGAAAUUGUACUACAAAAUACGCAAUAUAAAGAAAUUGUAUAUUAAUAGUUGGUUCAUAUUCUUUUGUAUAGCCUACGUGUUUGAAGACUGCUCUUGAACUUAAUUUGUUUUUAUUUUCUUGGAAUUAUAUUAAACCAAAUUAUAUAUGGUACUUAAUCUACUAAUUAUUUUGGUGGUUUUAUACAUUAUUUUUCUAAGCUUGUUUAUGAUUUGGCACAACAGUAUUUUAUCCUUCUGCCUUGUUUAUAAAACCACCGUACUUUUUUCUCAUUAGCCUGGAUUUAAAUUUUUAAAUCAUACCAAAACAAUCCUAGUUAACGAACAGGGAAUGCUCCCGGGGCUGAGAUUGUAUGGAGAGUCCCGGAAAUACCCGGUUUCCGGAUUGAGUUUGUUUAUAAAAUCAACGACAAACUGCUCACCAUAGUUUAUCUAGCGAGCGCAGUCCGGCAUUUUGAAAAUUGCCACUUUCUUAAACGCUAAGUACCCCAAAUUUGGGCACUAGUAAAUAAAUACUGUUGUGCCAAUCAAUAUAAGUUAUCUCUUAAUUAUCUAUAACACAGUGUGAUAUUGAAGGAAUAAACGCAACAUUAUGUAGCGAAAUACAAAAAAUAGUUACCUCAUUCCGGUUAGGAAUAAAAUACAUUAUAAUAGAAUGAUACGAAUACAGGAACUGGCCAUAGAUUAACUGUUUAACUUUUCUGAAUCUCAUAUGAAGCUGUAAUUUUUUUUACAAUUAUGGCCUGGAUGCGAGUCCUUUAAGCCAAUGAAACUGUCAAUGUAGAGGUGUUUUUUUUCUUUCACUGACAUUUUUCGUCUUGUCUGAUUGAGAUAUGAUUAAUUGAUUAAAAAAGGUUCAAGUUUGUAAUGGCAUUUGAUUAUCGUUCAAUUAUUUUUAAGAGUAAUGACAGCUUCAUAUGAAAAAGUAUGGCGUCGCUUUCUUUUGAUUCUUCCUACAUGUGGGCGCCAUAUUUACUGCAUACAGUUUGUUUUUAAGCUUGCAUUUGCUCAAGAGCGGGUGCAUUGUUGGCACUGUAUCCACCGCUAGUGUUAAUUUUGUAUGUUAAAAUUAUAUUAAUGAUAAUGAGAAUAAAAGGGUACGAUUUCAUGUGAUAUAGAA